UUCAGUGGAAAAAUAAUUAUUUCCGUUUGAGUCGCCGAAUAGCUUGAUUGUGUUUUUCUUUUGCAGGACGGAGUAAUAAAUAUAUAUAAGUGGAGUUAAAGAAAAUUUAACACCAUUUGAUUAACGCCUGUUUAAAGAACGAAAUACGUACAGAAUAAUGGUCGGCUCAAGAGUUUAUGUCGGUGGAUUACCGUAUGGAGUUCGUGAAAGAGAUUUGGAGCGGUUUUUUAAAGGUUAUGGACGAACGCGCGAUAUCUUAAUUAAGAAUGGUUAUGGCUUCGUUGAAUUUGAAGACUACAGAGAUGCGGACGAUGCAGUUUAUGAGCUAAAUGGGAAAGAGUUACUAGGGGAAAGAGUGGUUGUUGAACCGGCAAGAGGUACAGCUCGUGGCAGUCAUAGAGACCGAUAUGAUGAUCGAUACGGAGGCCGCCGUGGGGGAGGUGGUCGUUAUAAUGACAAAUCAUCUUCUCGUUAUGGGCCGCCGCUACGUACCGAGUACCGCCUGAUUGUGGAGAAUUUGUCAAGCCGCGUGAGUUGGCAGAAAUGCCACUAAUGGGUUGACAGAUCAUCACCUUGGUUGAAUGAUGAAGUUAAGAGGCUUAAUUUGAGAAGAGUUCAUGAGACCAGUUUAUGAGCACAAACCUAAUUCUCCGCUCAGUCGCUCGCCUGAAAGCUCAUGCGACCUCAUCCACUCAAAGGCAGUGAUAAGUGAUACGGCCAAUGCAGAGAGAAAUAAAUGAACUCAUCCCGAUCGUAAAAAUCACAUUACAAUUCCCAUUCUGAAAAGAGACCAACACUAAUGAUAUGAAGGGACGAAAAAUUCGAUUGUUGGAGGUAGAUUGCUUACAUUCAUCCGUUUCGUGAGCUGGUCAUGAUAUUUUUUGUUUUAUGCGAACGAGUGCAAAAGCGAAUUUGGAAAUGAUUUUCAUCUGAUAAGAUUUCUGGGCUUCGAACAAGGAAUAAAAACAUCUGAACACUUAAAUAACAAAAUUAGCCAAAAUGAUGAAGCACAAAUGAAAUAGGGUUAAUAAUUCAGCUAUAAUAUAAAAUAAAAGGCACAAGAUUCGUGGCAGAUGUCAGAGCAACCUAAUGAACGCACUUGAGCUGAAGAAGCGGACACUAAACGCAAAGAAUUCAAUUUAACAUUUUUUUCUGCCAGUGUGACAUUCGUAUAGUUUGAUGCGAUGUAGAUGAAAAUGUUAGAUUGACAAACUAAAUGCGUUCGGUUUUUAAAAUUAGGUACAUAUUAUUAAGAACGUAAAAUGUAUUAAAAAUGAUUUAAUUUUAGAAUUGUCGAAUUCCUUAUAGCGAAUAGCGAUUGCAAAUAAUCCCAGAGUCUCGUACCAACCAAGAACGUGCGUCGGACGAAGCUUCAAACCGAUUGCGAUUACGAAUGGUGUGCGAUGUGGUGCUUUUUUGACGCUUCUGAUGCUCUUGAUGACGCUUCUGAUGGCUUCAGUAAAAUAAUGGUGCUUGCAGGCUUCUGUAUGCUCUGGCUAUGGCUAUUGUGUCUGUUCCUUGUCCAAAUGUAGCGAUGUGCAAAAGAUGUCCUAACUACUCUACUGCUUAGGUGGUACUUAAUGUAGAACAUCGAUGUCGUCGACUGAACUGUACCUAGCCGGCUCACCGAUAGUUCUUUCUGGCGAUAAGGGACCGUAGAAAGUAUCAGCCAACCAACAUGUCAAACUUUAUGCGAUGCUGGCGGGUGGUGGCAGUCAGGAGAAUGUAACAUCAUGCCUCUGAUCCGGAGGUGUGAACUCAUUUCCCUUUAUUUACAGUAGAAGAACAAAUAAUUUCACAAACGGCCAAAAACUGGUUUCUGAUGUCUUAUGACGGCCUAGAUUUAAGCCCUCUGUAAAUUGGGUUGUUCUGUUUGCAUGAUCAACGAUGCAGCGAAGUGCACUUACAUUAAUGAUCACCGGAGGUCUUUUUUAUACCGAUUAUGCGCUAGAAUGGCCUGCGCACUUGCAGUCUCCAUGUUCAGAUGCUUCUCUUCAAGAAGUACUAAAUUGAUUCGAUUUGACGGUUAUCGCCUGUAUAGUAUAUUUACUACCCAGAAUGUCAACGUGAGAUAAGCAUAUAGUACAUAAUUUCACGAAAGAUGACAACUUGAUUUGGUCUGGUGUUCUGGUAGACAAGAUGCAUGCGUUGACGUAUCCAUUGGAUGUAACUUUUGUUAAGCGACUUGACUUUUCGACUUGCGAAUUUAAUUAGUGGCAAAUUGCCGGAAUGCCAUUGUACACAUUUGAGAAAAGUUGAAUACACAUCUGAGGGUCCUAUACGCACGCAAUAUAUCCGACAUAUCCAACCGCUGUCGACGUAAAUCACGCUUUAUAUUGAGGUCACUGAGAGGUCACAAAUACAUUUGAUAUACAGUGAAAGUAUUACUGACAAAAAGCGACUUUGUUCAAAUGAUAUUAA